GAGAACCCUUCUUUAUUUUUUCCCCUCUUCCUCUAUUGAAGAGUCACCAAACUCUCAAGGCCGCGGAAGAAGAAACAAGGAUGAGGGUCUUCGUGAAAACUCUCAAAGGCACCAAUUUUGAGAUCCAUGUCGAACCCCAGCACGCGAUUGCGGAUGUGAAAAAGAAUAUAGAGACUGUCCAAGGGAAAAAUGUCUAUCCAGCUGAACAGCAGCUGCUUAUACAUCAAGGGAAGGUUUUGAAAGAUGAUACAACGCUAAGUGAUAAUCAAGUUUCUGAGGAUAGUUUUCUUGUCAUAAUGUUGACCAAGAAUAAAGCUUCAUCAAGUGGAGCUUCAAGUACCAAAGUGGCACCUGCAAACCAGGCCCCACCUACAACUCCUGUGCCUGCUAACCCUUCGACUCCAGCAUCGGUCCCACCACAAGCUCCUCCAGCUUCACAGGCCCCGGCACCUGCAAGUGCACCUGCUCCCACAGCCACAGCCACUGCUGCACCAGCACCGGCAGUAACUGUAUCCUCUGAAGCAGAUACAUAUGGGCAGGCAGCAUCGAACCUUGUUGCAGGAAAUAAUUUUGAGCAAGCUGUUCAGGGUAUUCUUGAUAUGGGUGGAGGGACUUGGGAUCGAGACACUGUUGUCCGUGCUUUACGUGCUGCGUAUAACAAUCCUGAGAGGGCCGUUGAUUAUUUAUACAGUGGAAUCCCCGAGAAUGCAGAAGCACCACCUGUCGCGCGAACACCAACGGAAGCUGUUAAUCCCCCAACCCAGGCUUCACAACCAGCAGCUCCCACAGUUCCAUCGGGUGGUGGUCCGAAUGCUAAUCCCUUGGACCUUUUCCCUCAGGGUCUUCCAAGCAUGGGUUCAAAUGCUGGUGGUGGAAACCUUGACUUCUUGCGCAAUAGCCCGCAGUUCCGAGCCUUGCAGGCUAUGGUGCAGGCAAAUCCUCAAAUCCUUCAGCCAAUGCUUCAAGAACUAGGAAAACAGAAUCCUCAGAUUAUGAGACUCAUUCAGGAGCAUCAAGCUGAUUUUCUUCGUCUAAUGAAUGAACCUGUUGAGGGAGCAGAGAGUGAUCUACUGGGUCAAUUAGGAGGUGCAGUGCCACAAACGGUGGAGGUUACUCCUGAAGAAGCUGAAGCAAUUGAACGUCUUGAGGCGAUGGGAUUUGAUCGGGCGCUCGUCUUGGAGGUGUUCUUUGCUUGCAACAAAAAUGAGGAGAUGACAGCAAAUUACCUCUUGGAUCAUAUGCAUGAGUUUGAAGAGUGACGGUCAUGUUAAAAAACUGAACUGCAUCUGGACCAUAUGAUUUCUCAGCCUGCAGCAAAAAAGGCAGUAUCACAUACCGUUCUGAGAAGUGAAAGUACUUGACAGUUAUUUCAGUUGUUUAUUUUAUUUUUUUAAACUUUGCUUUUUUACUGUUAAUAUUUGCUUGAAGUUGUGCUAUCUUUUGGAAGUUCAAAUAGAGAACAAGCUGCAUAAUGGGCAUGCCUGCUGAUGUUUAGAGUUUUUCUCUAUAA